UCACCUUUUUCUUCUCUCGCGGCGCCCUUUACCUCCACUCUUCUGCUUCUUCUCCCUGCAACCGGCGCCGGAAUCUUAAUUCCGUAUCCUUUUAAAACCAGCCAUGCCUCCCAAGUUCGAUCCCACUCAGGUCGUCGACGUCUACGUGCGUGUUACUGGUGGUGAGGUCGGUGCGGCGAGUUCACUCGCUCCGAAGAUCGGACCACUCGGUCUCUCUCCGAAGAAGAUCGGAGAAGAUAUUGCCAAAGAGACUGCAAAAGAAUGGAAGGGUCUCCGAGUGACUGUGAAACUCACUGUGCAGAACCGACAGGCCAAGGUAUCCGUUGUGCCGUCGGCGGCCGCUCUUGUUAUCAAGGCCCUCAAAGAGCCUGAACGGGACCGCAAGAAGACCAAAAACAUUAAGCACACAGGCAACAUUUCUCUUGAUGAUGUUAUUGAGAUUGCUAGGAUUAUGAGGCCUCGAUCGAUGGCGAAAGACUUGUCCGGAACCGUGAAGGAAAUUCUCGGCACCUGUGUCUCCGUAGGCUGCACGGUCGAUGGUAAGAACCCGAAAGAUCUGCAGCAGGAGAUCACAGACGGUGAUGUUGAGGUACCACAAGAUUGAGAAAUUUAAGUUAACUCACCGGUUCACUACAUUUUGUUUUUUUUUUUCCAUCCUUUUUACUUAUCCUAGGGAUUUUUGAUUUUGCUAUUCUAUCUUAAAUAUCGCCCCGAAGUUAAAGGGCAAGUGAAAACAUUUGAAGGAUUUGUUAGAUGUCUCUCGAUUCGUAUGUUUGUUAUUUAGGGUUUGGAUAAUAUAAUGUGGUUUCGGUAUCUUUAUCAAUGCUUUAUAUUCUACUUGUGCUUUUAAAUUCA